UCUGGAGAGAGCAGCUGCGCACUGAGACCUGCAGGAUGCGCUUCUUCGCUCUCCUCUGGACACUCGGCUUCCUGCUGAAGGAGGCGCAGGCGUGGGGCUACAGAAACGGAAUAUUUCACAACUCGAUAUGGCUGGAACAAGCAGCUGGAGUUUACCACCGGGAAUCACGCAAAGGGAGAUACCAGCUGACGUAUAAAGAGGCCAGGGCCGUCUGCAAAUACGAGGGAGGGAAGCUGGCCACUUAUGACCAACUGGAGGCGGCUCGUCAAAUAGGUUUCCACGUGUGUGCUGCUGGAUGGUUCGACAAAGGACACGUUGGCUACCCCAUCGUCAAACCUGGACCCAGCUGUGGCUUUGGGAAGGUUGGCAUCGUCGACUACGGACACAGGCGGAACAAAAGCGAGAGAUGGGAUGUGUACUGCUACAACCCAGACUCCAAAGAGUGUGGUGGGGUGCUGACAGACCAGCAGAGGAUCAUUCAGUCCGCUGGCUUCCCCGAGGAGUACGAGGAUGAACAGAUCUGCUACUGGCACAUCCGUGUUCGCCUGGGCCAGAGGAUCCACCUCCACUUCCUGGAGUUUGAUGUGGAGGAGGACAUGGGGUGUCUGUCAGAUUACCUGGAGGUGUUCGACAGCUACGACGACGUCUCCGGCUUCGCUGGGAGAUUCUGCGGCGAUUAUUUACCUGACGACAUCAUCAGCACAGGAAACGUGAUGACGCUGAAGUUCCUCUCUGACGCCUCGGUGACGGCCGGCGGCUUCCAGCUACAGUACAUUGCCUUUAAUGCGUCUCUGGUUUCACAGAAUCACACCCAUUACUUCCACUGACCGAUGCUUUAACACACUGAUGUCAUCCUGUGGCUGUACUCGUGAUGUCGUUGGUUGCAUCGUGUACUGUAAUUAAUAUGUCUUUAUAGCUGA